UUUGAGCUUGAAGUUGAGCUAGAAGUUUUGAGCAUAUUAGCAUAUAAUGUGUAUAAAUGCUACCUUUGGCAGAGGGAGCAGGUUCCUGAUGAUUACUCCCGCACAGACCCCGAACAUAAACUCAUCUAUCGAUUCGUCCGGACGCUGUUCAGUGCAGCACAGCUCACAGCCGAGUGUGCAAUCGUCACUCUGGUAUAUUUGGAGAGGCUGUUGACGUAUGCCGAGCUGGACAUUUGCCCAUCUAACUGGAAGAGGAUUGUUCUGGGAGCCAUCCUACUGGCCUCGAAAGUCUGGGACGAUCAGGCCGUGUGGAACGUCGACUACUGUCAGAUCCUCAAAGACAUCACUGUUGAGGACAUGAAUGAGAUGGAAAGGCAUUUUCUGGAGCUGCUACAGUUUAACAUUAACGUGCCGGCCAGCGUCUACGCCAAGUAUUACUUUGACCUGCGCUCUUUAGCAGACGACAACAAUCUGAGCUUUCCUUUGGAACCAUUGAGCAACGAACGAGCACAGAAAUUAGAGGCUAUCUCAAGACUAUGUGAGGAUAAGUACAAGGAUCUGAGCAGAGUGGCCAUGAGGAGAUCAUUCAGUGCAGACAACCUUGUGGGCAUCCGCAGAUCCAAUGCUGUUCUUUCCUAGAGCUUUUUUUCUUGGAACAGUGGCCACUCCAAGACUAAAUUGAAUGGACAAAACUCGUUCUUUCCCCACCUUUGGCUGUGACAUUAUGCCACCCCGAAAGAUCUUACACCUUACCCAACCAUUGCAGAACACCAUAGAGACAAAAACAGACUGAAUGGUUUCUUUUGUUUGGUUUUUGCUUACUAUGUAGGCUACUAGCUGUGAACUGUCAGUUUUUAAUUAAAAUAAUUUGCAGAUGGAGUAUUUUAAAUAAACACUAAUCAUGUAACGUCUGAAUUUAUGUUUGAAGAAUGUUUUACGAGGUCACUCCAAACUGUCAAAAUGGUGGUUUUAUUUUUGUUGCGUUACACUGAAAAAUUAAUCCAGGGAUUU